GAGUUCGAGUCUGCAGCGCUGGGGGAGGUGGUGUCGGACUACGAGAAACCAUGGAGAAACAAUCGAAUAAGCCUCAUAGGCCAUCGAAAGAGAAAAAGAAACCACAAAGAGGAGAGAAAAAUGUCAAAGCCUUCGCCGUCGCCAACCCUGGCCGCCUGGCGAAACAGGCUGUUCGGUCAAGCGACAUCAAUGAGAAGCGAUUACAUGUUCCUCAAGUCGACCGACUUCCAGAAGAAGCACCUCCGAUCGUUGUGGCCGUCGUUGGACCUCCUGGCGUCGGCAAGACCACCCUCAUUAAAAGCAUAAUCAAACGAUAUUCCAAGCAGACUCUGUCGCACCCUACCGGCCCUCUAACAGUCGUAACCUCGAAAAGACGGCGACUUACCUUCCUCGAAUGUCCUUCCGAUUCUCUGGCUGCUAUGAUCGAUGUUGCAAAAAUUGCUGACAUCGUCCUACUCAUGAUAGACGGCAACUAUGGGUUUGAGAUGGAGACGAUGGAAUUUCUGAACGCUUUGAGCGUGUCUGGAAUGCCGGGAAAUGUUUUUGGCAUCCUUACACAUCUGGACCUGUUCAAGAAACAGAGUACAUUGCGGAUGGCAAAGAAGAGAUUGAAACACAGAUUCUGGUCGGAACUCUACCAAGGCGCAAAGCUAUUUUACUUGUCCGGCGUUAUCAACGGGCGGUACCCGGAUAGAGAAAUACACAAUCUGUCGAGAUUUCUGUCGGUCAUGAAGAAUCCUCGACCGCUGAUCUGGAGAAAUAGCCACCCCUAUUGUUUGGCAGAUCGUCUACUCGAUGUCACUCCUCCGACCCAGAUUGAAGAGAAUGAGAAGUGCGACAGACAAGUUGCGCUUUACGGGUAUCUCCGAGGCACCAAUUUUCCUGCCGAUGGAGCGAGGGUUCAUGUUCCUGGUGUAGGGGAUUUGUCAGUCAAAGAAAUUGAAGCGCUGCCAGAUCCCUGUCCUACGCCAUUCCUAGAUCAAGCCAUGGCCAAAGCCACCGGAAAGUCGUCCAGAAGGAAACUAGGCGAGAAGCAGAAAGUCCUUUUUGCCCCCAUGUCCGAUGUUGGCGGUGUUCUGGUAGACAAGGAUGCUGUCUACAUAAAUGUUAAAACGAACACCUUCGAUCGAGAUGCAGAUGACGGAGAGGAGAGAGGUCUUGGAGAGCAGCUUAUGAUGAGUCUCCAAGGUGAACGGAGACUGCUGGGUGAGGCUGAGGGUGGUGUUCGGCUUUUUCAGGGUGGGCAACAACUUACCGAAGGUGAUAACCCUGACAACGACACGGGCCGCACCACAAAAAGAGGAAUCCGAUCAUUCGGCCAAACUGGCAUUCACAAUGAUGUCGUCGACCAAGACGAAGAAGAUGAUAAUGAUGACGACGAGGGCUUUGUCAGCGGAGAAAGUAAUGAUGAGGCGAGCGACGAUGACGAAGUGAACGAUUUCUCUGAGCAUACCGGCCGACCUGGCAUCGCUGAGGAGGGACUAGACGCGGAAGAAGUCGAGGGCGACCUGGAGUUUGCCGACAGCGACUCUGACUUGGGUUCCAUGUCUGGCGACGAGCAUGGCGAACAGGAAUUUGACGAUGAGGAUUCGGACUUCGACGGGAGUGAGGAUGAUGGUGGUCUCCGGUGGAAAGAAAAUUUGUCCGAAGAUGCUCGAAAGCUACAUUCAACCCAAGUAGCAUUCCGCGCUGCUGAUCUGUCUCGAUUGAUGUACGAUCUGACUUUGACCCCAGCCGAAGCAAUUGCAAAAUGGCGAGGAGAGCAAAAACAUCACGACCACACUGGACAAGACGAAGUUGAUGAUGAAGACAAUUUUUUCAACAAAGCUAAGACUGAACAGGAGGAAGAACUAGAAGAUCGACAAACUCCACGAUAUGACUAUGAAGACCUGACGCAGAAAUGGGAGGAUGAAGAUCAAAUACAAACUAUCAUGUCCCGGUUCACGCGGAGAUCCCUCGCCACAGGAGCAAAUGCAGACUCCGACGAGGACGAAUACGGUGGUUUUGAUGAAGACGCCGAGAACGAGUCUGACGAAGGCGACGGCGAGUUCGAAGACUUGGAAGCAGCAGCUGAGGCGGAUCCAGAGGCACAAGCGGAGUUGACUUUGGAAGAAGAACGUAUCAAGAAUGCCAAACGGAAGGAAGAACUCAAGCUUCGGUUUGAAGAAGAAGAUCGAGAAGGUUUUGCGAACGGCAAAAGUGAAGUCAAGGCUACGGAGCAAGAGUUUGGCGAAGACGAGUGGUAUGACGCUCAAAAAGCAAUGCUCCAGAAACAACUCGACAUCAAUCGAGCAGAAUUCGACAGUCUGGAUCCAGUAGCCCGAGCGCGCGCAGAAGGAUUCAAGGCUGGCACAUACGCACGAAUUGUGCUGGACAAAGUACCGUACGAAUUCGUCCGCUCCUUCAAUCCCAAGCUUCCCGUCAUCAUCGGAGGACUAGCUCCCACAGAGGACCGGUUUGGCUUUGUUCAGAUCCGCAUCAAGCGACAUCGAUGGCACAAGAAGAUUCUCAAGACAAAUGAUCCUCUCAUCUUCUCGUUGGGGUGGAGGAGAUUUCAAACACUGCCAAUUUAUUCGAUUUCUGAUUCACGGACACGAAACCGAAUGCUCAAAUAUACCCCCGAACACAUGCAUUGCUUUGGUACUUUCUAUGGUCCGCUGGUGGCACCGAACACUGGAUUCUGCUGUGUUCAAUCCUUUUCCAACGCCAAUCCUGGGUUCCGAAUUGCAGCCACUGGAGUUGUACUGAACGUGGAUGAAACCACCGAAAUCGUCAAAAAGCUCAAACUAACGGGAUAUCCGUACAAGAUCUUCCGCAAUACGGCAUUCAUACGCAACAUGUUCAAUUCGUCGUUAGAAAUUGCCAAGUUUGAAGGAGCUAGUAUACGAACGGUAUCUGGAAUUCGCGGGCAGAUCAAGAGAGCUCUCAGCAAACCUGAAGGACAUUUCCGAGCCACUUUCGAAGACAAGAUCCUCAUGUCAGACAUUGUCUUCCUUCGAGCUUGGUACCCAGUCAAACCCCACAGAUUUUACAAUCCUGUUACCAACCUUCUCGAUGCUCCUCCCAGCGGAUCAGCAGAUCUCGACGGAGAGGGCCAACGAAUCGAUGAUGGUUCGGAAGGAUGGCAGGCCAUGCGACUGACGGGAGCCGUUCGAGCAUCAAUGGGUAUCCCAACACCACUGGUCAAGGAUUCCGCUUACACGAAAAUCGAACGACCCAAUCGACAUUUCAACCCUCUUCGAGUACCACGUGCAUUGGCGGCAGAACUUCCAUUCAAAUCACAAAUUACGCGACAGAAAGCAAGAAAAGCACCAACCUACCUCCAGAAGCGAGCUGUGGUGAUGGGUGGCGAGGAGAAGAAAGCCCGAGAUCUGAUGCAGAAAUUACAAACCAUGAGGAACGAGAAGGCGGAGAAGCGAGCUAAAAAGCAAGAAGAGAGGCGAGCUGUUUACCGCAAGAAGGUCGCUGAGAAUAUGGAGAAGAAGGAAGAACGGGAAAAGAGAGAACGGGACGAGUUCUGGCGCAAAGAAGGUCGCAAGCGAAAGCACGCACAGGCUGGCGGUGGUGGAGGAGGGAAGCGGUCGAGACGAUAAACGUAUGACUUUGGCCUUGUGCCGGUUGUGAGGAUGAUGGAUUGAUACCCGUGAGCGUGAGACUAUACUCUCUGUACUCCGUAUUGUGUCAAUAUGAAGACCAUUUGGAGCAGCUCAACAGAUACGUCGAAUAUAGGCGAUCUCUCUUGC